AUGCUAGCGGUGGAAGCUGACGACUGGUGGUUAGAGACUCGUCAGAGGUUGGAGGUUGCUGGUGAGGAAGUGACGUGGGCUAUAUUUCGUAGGGAGUUCCUGAGGAAGUACUUUCCUGAGGAUGUUCGUGGCAAGAAAGAGAUCGAGUUCCUUGAGCUGAAACAAGGAAGCAUGUCGGUCACUGCUUAUGCUGCGAAAUUUGGCGAGCUGGCUAAGUUCUAUCAGCAUUAUGAUGGACCAACUGGAGAAUUCUCGAAGUGCAUCAAGUUUGAGAACGGGUUGCACCCAGAGAUCAAGAAGGCUAUUAACUAUCAGAAAAUUCGAGUAUUUGCUAAUUUGGUGGAUAGUUGCCGAAUCUAUGAGGAAGACAACAUUGCUCACUAUAAGAUGAUCAGUGAGAAGAGGAAUAAGAAUCACCAAAACCGUGGCAAGCCGUAUGAUGCUCCAGUUGGGAAAGGUAAACCGGAAGUUGAUGAAGGCCGUCAGGGCCAGAGAUCUAGUGGGGGAGAUGCUCCUACUAAUGUGACUUGUUUCAAGUGUGGGAAAACUGGGCAUAAGAGUAAUGUGUGCACUACCGAAGUGAAAAGGUGUUUUCGUUGCGGAAAAUUUGGGCAUGCACAGUCGGAGUGCAAGCACAAGGAGGUGAUUUGCUUCAAUUGUGGCGAGGAAGGACACAUUAGUAGUCUGUGUCAGAAACCGAAGAAGGCAAAAAUCGGUGGAAAAGUGUUCGCUGCUACUUGUUGCGAUAUUGUUACUGGUUGUGUAGAAGAUGUUAUUAAGGUGAUAAUGCGAUGUUUGAUAUUCAAGAGUAAGUAUGUUAUGGUUGUUACUGUUUUGAAUGUUGGUAUGUCAGAGUAA